AUGUCCGAGGGGCCAAUUGACCUACUUCCAGGGAGCCUAUCCCCUCACAAAUCCCGCCCUUAUCGUUCCCACCGGUUCCCUGCCUGUGACUUUUGCCGGCGUCGGAAAAGUCGCUGCACACGAGAUGUCGACAAUCGCCCCUGUCUGCUAUGUCGCGUGAAUGGAGUUGAGUGUACUCGGAACGGCGCAGGAAAGCGCCCCCGUGAGUCUCGGCCGGAGCUUCCGCUGGAGGACUCGCAUUCUCAUUCGGCAGCACGAGUUAAAGAUGCCUCUCCUGAAGAGAUAAUCCGCCCUCGAAUGAAAACUCCUACCCCGAGAUCUGUUCCGACCCCGCAACAAGCUCAAAAUCAAAAUCAAACAGGACAUAUUGUUGGUCCGGCGGUUGCAAGAGAUGUCCAGGUACUAGAGCAGUUUAUGUCGCCAACAUACGGCGGUCUAGCUGUGUCUUAUGCACGGCCGAAUCCAUACAGCGUUUAUUCAGAUGAUCCGAAGCAUCCAAUUGUUUACUUAAAAGUUCCGCGGCAGCGCGUGGCUUCUUCUUUGGGGAAUGGCUCAGCUGGCUUCAAGCAGUAUGAAACAAUUGAAAAGAUAUUAGAGCCUCUAGGAAAUGAUUUGUUUAGUUUAUAUUUUGACAUCUUCCACCCUUCAUUUCCCAUCUUAGAUGAAGGGACAGUGGUCGAGGCGUAUCGGCACGGUAGCCUUCCUCAUUCUCUUGUUUGUGAAAUAUACGCCUGCUCACUCAUUUCUUGGAAUACUUCUACGAAAAUCUCAUUGACGAGUCGACCCCGACCAGAUAUACGCUACAUCUGGGAACAAACAGUUAGCGCUUUGAAUGAUGAAUUUACAGCCCCUGGGUUUUCGACUGUACUAGCAUGUAUUUUGGACCUUUCCGGGCGGCCAACAACUUCAAUGACAUAUAACGCGGUAAACAUCGGCAGAGUUGUGGCAUUAUCGAAGAGUCUUGGUCUCAACCAAGACCCCCGAAAAUGGAGUCUUGACCAGCGUCAGAAGGACCUUCGCGUCAGAGCAUGGUGGGGUGUUCUAAUCCACGAUUGGUGGGCAAGUCUGUCGCACGGCACUUCUCCAAACAUACACCCUACACAAUUUGAUGUUGAGAUACCCGGACUUGAUUCAAUUGUCACGGGUGCGGGGAAGGCCACUUCAAGACAGCAAGCGUCUGAUGCUGGAACUGCGGGUGCUCUUUGCUUUAUCGCUUUAUGCCAAUUGACAGAGAUCUUAGGCGAUAUCCUACCUCUCAUCUACAAUACCAAGCGUGGAAAGCACCACGAUCCUCGAAAAUCACUCCUACGUAGUGAGGCUUCACUGGAGGAAUGGGAAGAAAAUUUACCAAACUGGCUGGACCCCAAGAGCCUGGAUUUUCAGCGCGAACUUCCUGGUGUCCUAAGUCUACAGCUUUCGGCUUUGGCAGUUAAAAUAUGUAUUUGUAGGGUGUCACUAUGUCGAAGGGCAGCCAGAGCUGUUGUUGAAUUUGUCACAUCGCUUCAGCAACGUGACCUAGACGCGUUCUGGUUACCUUAUACCGCAUACCAUUUUGCAUCAGCAGCCACAUUGAUACUUCGAUGCGCCCUAGAAGCGGCGAAUGACGACAUAGCUCGGGAGUGUGUAGCAAGUGCGCAAUUGCUGAUCAGCCAUCUGCGUAAAUUUAAAGACGAGUCCAAUUGGGACUUAUCCGGUGUCUGUCUCUCCCAAUGCGAUGAAGUAGUGCGACGAAUGAGCGAAGGAACGGUUUUGGAUUUUCGGCCGUUUGGCGGAGAGGAUGUCAUCAGGAAGGAUGUAAAGCAUGAGGAAACCCCAAGCAACGGUGACGCCACCGCAGAUGAGGAAAAUGGCCCUCCAGACGGGGAAGGAGUGCAUUUGGCCGAUGGCAUAGCUGUAUUGGUCAUUGCUGAUGCCUGUGUCGCGAAAAUGCUAAAACUUCCGGAACCUUUUGCCAGCAUCCCAAAGGAAACCUUCCUUUUCGGGCCCUCGCCAAUCCAAUACCUGCCACGAAUCACAGAAGCACUUGGUGGAAAAGUUGGUGUUUACGCAAAACGCGAGGACUGUAAUUCCGGCCUGGCCUUCGGUGGAAACAAGGUUCGCAAAUUAGAGUAUUUUGGCCCUGCGGCGGUGGAAGCAGGCGCCGAUACACUGGUCAGCAUUGGAGGCGUUCAAUCUAACCACACCCGUGCUGUUGCGGCUGUUGCAGUCAAACUCGGGCUGAAGUCAGCGCUGGUACAAGAGAAAUGGGUGGAUUGGGAGGACCCUCUAUACGCCAAAGCUGGAAAUAUCCAACUAUCACGCCUAAUGGGUGCAGAUUCACGUCUUGACCCCUCGCCAUUUGGAAUCGAGCACAAAGAUACUUUAAAGAACUUGACGCAAGAAGUCCUUGAUAAGGGGGGCAAGCCAUAUUAUAUCCCAGCUGGUGCUUCAGAUCAUCCAUUAGGUGGACUUGGUUUCGCCAGGUGGGCCUUUGAGGUUGAGGAGCAGGAGAAGGAACAAGGCAUCUUCUUUGACACCAUCAUCGUCUGUGCGGUUACGGGUUCCACUAUGGCGGGCAUGGUGGCUGGCUUCAAGCUCGCCGCGAAGAACGGCUCGCGGCCGCGAAAAGUCAUCGGUAUUGACGCAUCGGCCAAAGUACAGCAGACAUUUGAUCAGAUUCUGCGCAUCGCCAAGGCAACUGGAGUGAAGAUUGGACUGAAGGAGGAAGAUAUUACAGAGAACGACAUCAUCUUGGAUGGCAGGUAUCAUGCCGGAUGCUAUGGUAUUCCUGACAAGCAAACUAUCGAUGCAAUUAAGUUUGGUGCUUCAACCGAAGCAUUCAUUACGGAUCCUGUCUAUGAAGGAAAGAGCUUGGCUGGAAUGAUGGAUAUAAUUCGAAAGGGAGAGCUACCUCCUGGUAGCAAUGUAUUGUACGCACAUCUCGGGGGGCAACUUGCUCUCAAUGCAUAUACUUCCAUGUAG